AUGGGAGUGAAAUCGAUGAGGCUAGCUAGAAAUGGGUUCUACAUAUGUUGGUUUCUCUUUGUUGUGAUCUCUGUUACGGGUUUCGUGUUUUCACGGACGAUCUCAGGAGAUCCAGAUCCGUGUGAUUCGAUGAAACUGAGAGAGUUUCAGAGACUUAGAUCGGAUCAAAUCACCGUUCUAAUCAACGGUUACUCUGAAUCUCGUAUUCCUCUUCUUCAAUCAAUCGUAUCCUCGUAUUCAGGAUCGUCAAUAGUAUCAUCAAUCUUAGUCCUUUGGGGAAACCCUAGCACAUCGAGUCAAGUACUUGACAAGUUAUACCAAAAUCUAACUCAGUAUUCGCUUGGUACUGCUUCGAUCUCUCUAAUUCAGCAGCCAUCAAGCAGCCUCAACUCCAGGUUCCUCCCUCGACUAUCUGUGAACACUCGUGCUGUUUUGGUAUGCGAUGAUGAUGUUGAGAUAGACCAAAGAUCGCUCGAAUUCGCAUUUUCGGUGUGGAAGUCCAAUCCUGAUCGUCUAGUAGGAAUGUUUGUGAGAUCACACGGUUUUGACUUGCAGAGAAAAGAGUGGAUCUACACUGUCCACCCGGAUAAGUACUCGAUCGUUUUGACGAAGUUCAUGAUGAUGAAACAAGAUUAUCUUUUUGAGUAUAGCUGCAAUGGAGGUGUGGAGAUGGAGGAGAUGAGGAAGAUUGUUGAUCAAACGCGUAAUUGCGAGGAUAUAUUGAUGAAUUUUGUUGCUGCUGAUAAGGUAAGAGCAGGGCCGAUUAUGGUUGGAGCGGAGAGAGUUAGGGAUUGGGGAGAUGCGCGUAACGAAGAAGGAGAAGUUGAGAGUGGAGUAAGAGAAGUUGGGUUGAGUAGUAGAAGAGUGGAACAUAGGAAGAGAAGAGGGAAAUGCAUUAGGGAGUUUCAUAGAGUUAUGGGGAAAAUGCCAUUGAUGUAUAGUUAUGGUAAAGUUGUGAGCUCUGUCGCGGAACAAGGGUUGUGUCGUAAAGCCGGAAAGCUUGUGUUUUGUGACCGAGAUUAA